AUGUAAUGAAUCUUUAGGUGCUAAUUUAGUAAAUAAGAAAAUUUUAAGUACAAUAAAAAGUUAUCAGCCGCAACAACAACAACAACCACAAUCACAAAGAAAAAACGACGUACAUAUUUCAACGGAAAGGAAGAAGAAGAGUACAUAAGAACGCACUCGAACUAAAAAGUACUAAAUCAAUGAAGAAGCAAAAAGUUUUUUAAUUAGUAAUUAAACAAAUUCAAAGCUCUCUGUCUCGCCACGAACGAAUGACACAGCGAGCGAAGGUGAUUGAAGUAAGCGGAAAUAGUAAGACUAAGCAACAAAGAAAGUGCCAGAGCAAUGCACACAGAGCAACAAAAGAACACGUAAAAAAAGGAGAUUUUGAGCACUGAAUACAAAAAGUAGAAAUCCGAAAGCCGAUAGUAGAAACUAGAAAAAGGAGAAAAAAGAAAACUUAAUUAAGCCAGCAAAGCCAAAAUAAAAGUAAUAUGUAUAAAGAAGCAAAGCAGAAGCAGUGCACAUAAAUUUGGAAAUAAGAAGUGAAUAUCACAUUUAAAAUACAGUAAAACAAAAUAGUCUACAUACAUAUAUUUUUUUAAGUAAAGAGUUUCUAAAACUCAACAAAGCAAAACGAAAGCAGCAAACAACGUACAUAAUACAUUAAAAAAAAAAAAGAAAUAAGUUAAAAGAAAAAAUCUAGUUUAAAAUUAAUGUAUAGCUUUUUGGCGGCAAGCUGCAAGUCCACAAAUCAGCAAGCCAACAAGCUCAGCAGAAGAAACCGCAUAAGCUGGUGCCGCAAUUUGGAGCCUAGAAAGAGAAACACACAUAUACACACAAAACCGCACGUAUUUGUUGUUGCCUCUGUCUUCCAGUCGCGCUGCGCUGAAAGGCAGUAAGACGCCGCGCUCAAACGUCCAAACCCACUGACAAACUGCACAAACAUGCCCAAAUAUUUCAUAGCUACAGCAGCAACAACAACAGCAACAACGUCAGCAACAGGCAGCGCUUACAAUACCAACAAUACCAACAGCAAUAAUGGUACGCCACAAAUGGUUGUCAAGUCAGCGGUGCGGCAACUCUCCUACGACAUGGUUAGCACCAGCGGCGGCACCAGCAGUACGAAGCGCAAUUCAAAUUCGGCAUUUGUGUCAUCAUCAUCGUCUGGCUCGUCAUCACCUGUUUCGAUGCUGAUGCAGGGCAGUGGAAAGACGCCAGUCAUCAGCAGCGCUACAACAGUGCCACUUGCGACGCAUCUGUUGGAUCAUGGCUAUGGUGUAACGCUGAAGCAGGCAUCGUCAACCUCAUCGACGUCAGCGUCGUCCGCAACAACGUCGACGCCAGCGACAGCGGCGGUGACAUCUCACUUCACCGGCAGAUACACGUCCACGCUGGCGAGCCGGAAUAGCGCCGAUUCCACACCACACAUAACGGAGUACUAUAAGCAAGUGAAGCGACGCAACCCCACAUCUGUUGCCGAACAAAGUAGUCAUCCCAAGAAGCAAGCCAAACAUCAGUCAGCGUCCGCCGGUGAUUUUGCGCCCAGCAAUGUGGUGGUGGUUCAACAACAGCCACCGCGCUCACAGCAAUUCCAACAUAAAUCCACCAAGCAACCGGUGUUGGUGCGCACAAGCAGCAGCAGCAGCAGCGGCAACAACAGCAACAACAACCGCUUAGCUAGCUCACAACAUCAAAAUGUGAUGGCAACAGCGGCGGUGGCGUCGACAUUGCAUUUCGCCACACCUUCACCGCAACCACAACGCCCGCCAUCGUCUGCCUCGUCGACUUCAUCGACGUUUGCUUACAAAACGGGCACAACCUCAUCCGCCUCUUCAUUACCCGCCUCGAAACGCACACCCGAAGGUAAUCGUGCCGACACCUCACUCGGCAUAUUGACGAAAAAAUUCGUCGAUUUGCUGCAAGGCUCACCGGACGGUGUCGUAGACCUCAACGAUGCGUCAGCCAAAUUGCUGGUGCAAAAGCGACGCAUCUACGAUAUUACGAAUGUGCUGGAGGGUAUUGGCAUAUUGGAGAAGAAGUCGAAGAACAAUAUUCAAUGGAAAUGUGGCAACUCGCUGGUGAGCUCAGAUCGUACGCGUGACAUGCAGCUAGAGAAUGAAAGACUCGAACAAAAGGAGAAUCAAUUGAAUAUGUUAAUCGAUCAGAUACGUGAGGAGCUCAGUACCGAAAUAUCGAAUAACAAUCAAUUGGCCUAUGUGACGCAUACCGAUUUGAAAAGUGUCGAUCUGUUUAAAGAUCAGAUAAUAAUUGUCAUAAAGGCGCCACCGGAAGCCAAACUUGUGCUACCUGACACACUUUGUCCACGCGAGAUCUACGUUAAAGCCGAGAAUAAUGGCGAAAUUAACGUAUUUCUCUGUCACGACAAUUCACCCGAAAAUUCGCCAACAUUCUCAUCGCCCGCCGCCCCGCCAUAUCGCCAGCAGCCGCAUCAAUUCAACGAUCCACUGUUCAACGAUAUCAGUCGGUUGACACCUAGUCUCGAUGACGAUAAACGUAUGCGUCUAGGUUUACCCCCACUCUCAGCGUCAAAGACGUCCUCAAGCACGUCAACGGGCAAUACAUAUCCCGGCAGUGCAGCAACCGUCGUCGCACGUUCAGCACAACGAAAUCUCAGUAAAUCAAUUGAAGAUGCCGCACGUCAAAUUGCUGCUGGUUCGGCUGAUGGUGGUACUGGUGGUGGUAGUAUCGGCGGUGAUACAACGGAUUAUAAUUCUGAUAUCGCUGGCAAUUACCAUACUCAACAACAGCAUCAGCAAUCGAGCGACUACAAUAUACAGCCCACCUUAACGCGGCCAGUGCUGACGCAAGCGGAAGCCGAACGCAUUUACGAGCAAGAUUUCGAUUGUGAACUGUUCGGCAGACGUAAGCUGGGUGGUGCGUAUGGCGGUGGUAGCGGUAGCGGUAGUCAGCGGCAGCAGCAGCAGCAGCAGCAACAGAAUAGUGAUUAAACAAACCAUACGCUUAAUAGUUGUAGUAACAAUAGGAAGUCAGGUCUUAAAAACGAGGAGGUAUCCAUGGUGAAUAGUGCAAUGGAAGGGCAGGAAGCAGCUGAGGACACAACAUCAGCGACGGCAGCGGGAGCGGCGGCAAACACGUCCACGAUAACAUCGUCGUCGUUGUCCUCGUCCUCAGCUGUAGACGCUGCAGCGAAUAAUAGUCGGCAAAGUGAAAAUAGCGCUGAUGCUGCUGGUACUUCAUUGUCAGCAUCGACGUCAGCGGCGGCGUCGGCGUCAUCGUCAAUGCCAAUAACGCACACACCCUCAAUGUUUGGCGGUGCCGGCAUCGUUGGCAGUCGACAUUGCAGCAGCGAUAGUGGCGGCAUCGGUCGUAUGGACUCGCACUUGGCGCACAUGGGCGAUUCGAAUGGCAGCACAGGCGUCCGGAACGCGCUCAUUUCGAAUUCGCUGAAUCUACUGAGUCCGGGCCCAUUGCCGAACUACUUUGAUGAUCUGCCACCGUUCCUACCCAUUGAACCACCGCUCGAUGUCGACUACAACUUUUCACUGGAUCAAACCGAGGGUCUUAUCGAGUUGUUUAAUGACUUUGCCUAAAAUUUUAAAUAUACAAAUAGUAAUAAAUACAAAAGUAUAAUUAUAAAAAAAAAAUUAUCAAAGGAAAUAGUGUUUUAAGCAAGAAUACAAAUAAAUAAUAAAUUCAAUGUGUAUGUGUAGAGAUAUUCACAACCACCAAUAAAAAAUAUAUAAAAACACAAACUGCAAAAAAUUAAAUAAAUUAACAACUUCUGUAUGCUACUGAAUGGAAAACGAAGUAAUAUUAUUAUAAUUAUUAAAAAUUAUUAUUAAAAAAACUAAUUUAAAAUUUAUAAAUAUAUUCUUUAUAUA